AUGGCUUCACGAUUCCCACGUCAACGAGACCCACGCUCGUCCUCCUCCUUAUUCGACUCGUAUGGCGGCGGCGAUUCCCGCCCGGCGAGCAGAUCUCCUGCGUCGGUAGGCGGAUACGGAUAUGGAGGAUACGCUGGCCCAGCAGUCAGCGCGUACCCUGGUACCAAUGGCAGUGCCAGUUUUCGCAGUGUAACACCGGAUAAGAAGGGCCACUAUUCGGACGCGGUACUAUCAUCACUCGAGUCUCAGAAUGAUGCCGAGGUUGAAGGAAUUACAGCCAAAGUGAAGAUGUUGAAAGAUAUGACGAUAGCAAUCGGCGACGAGAUCCGCGAUACAUCCUACCUCAACACCCUUGAAAAUUCUUUUGAAAGCACCCGUGUCCGACUUCGCGGGAAUAUGACCCGUAUGCUUCGCAUGGCCGAGCGAACGGGGAUCAGUUGGAAAGUCUGGCUGGGCUUUUUCACCGCUGUGUUCUUGCUGUUCUUCUACGUGUGGCUGUUUUGA